AUGCGAGCGUCGUUAGCGGAUCCCUCUAUAUCGGGACCACCGAUAAGUACCAGUUCCACGGACGAGAAGCCGCCGUUGCUGACACCGGAGCAGGGUCGAAUCGUGCGGGAAACGUUCGCCGAGUUCAUUCAGCCGAACGCCGAUCAACACGCCAUCAUUCUCUUCCUCAUUGUUUUCGACAUUUCCCCCGACGGCCGGAACCUCUUUUCGUACGUUCGCAACUCAACGGAACCCGCGCCGCUGAACAAGCGGCUGCAGGAGCACGCGACGCACGCCUUCGGGCUCAUGUGCGAAGCGAUCAUGCAAAUGGACGACGCGGAUGUGAACAGCAUUUUUGAAAACAUUGGGGAAGGCGAUGGGGGCCAGGUGGCGGGGGGUGGUGGAGGAUGCAUGGAGUCAAGGGUUCGACCUUUUGGAAUACAUCGUGUGUAA